AUGGAGUUUACUCAUACAGCUACAGGAUUAUUAAUGCAUCAGCAGAAGUAUGUGGGAGAACUACUGGAAAGAUUCAAAAUGACUCUAUGCAAUGAUGUUAGAAGUCCUCUAGAGGUGAAUGUCAAAUUAAGAGAGUAUGAAGCUGAAGAAAAGGUGAAUGAAAUUGCCUAUAAGCAGAUUGUUGGGUCAUUGCGUUUCUUGUCCAACAGCAGGCCAUACUUGAUGUUCAGUAUUGGUUUGAUAAGUCGUUUCAUGAGCAAUCCGAAGAAAAUCCAUAUGCUAGUUGUCAAACGUAUUUUAAGAUACAUCAAAGGGACUGCAAACCAUGGAAGCAUGUUCCCAUAUGGUAUGCAAAAGAAUGAGUUGAAGCUUAUGAGCUAUGCUGACUCUGACUAUGAUGGAGAUCAAGUAGAAAGGAAAAGCACAUCAGGGCACAUAUUUUUCCAAAAUGAAGCACCUAUUUCAUGGUGCUCUAAGAAGCAAUUUGUUGUUGCUUUGUCAAGCUCUGAAGCAGAAUACAUAGUUGGAUGUUUUGCUGCAUGCCAAGGAAUUUGGUUGAAUGAAUUAUUGAAAGAAUUAAAGAUACUCAGGGAGAGUCCAGUGUAG